AUGGCAUCCAAGAGCGGCACCACCGACAGCAGUGCCGACUACCUCUCCAAGAACGAUGGAUUCUAUCGAUCCUUCGUCAGCGCUUGCAAGGAAGGGCUGAAAGAUAAACACAGGGGACCGACCGUGGCGCAAUAUCUGGGUGCUCUCAUGACACGGCCUGGGUACAGCGAGGAUGCUCUGCCAAAGGCGUGGCAGGCGUUCGUCACAGCGGAGCCAGAAAUCGCUUCGAUGCUUCGCCGUAGCGCAGCUGAAUUUCGCAUCUCUAUUAACGGGGAACUCGUCAAGUUUGACCCUGUGAUUGACGACAAUAAAAGAGCUCCGUUGAAGUUUCUGGUCGUCUCCAACCCCGACUAUGUCAUGGGGGCAGCCACAUUUCAGGACGCGUCUGGCGCUCUCGUCGUCUCUGAGAAGGCUGAAAAGGAUAAGCCAAAGAAGUCAAGAGGGAAGCAGAAAGUAGUGAGGAUUAAAGAUCGAGCAGAUGAGGAUGACAACGGCAAUUAUGGCUAUGACGAUCCAAACAUUGGUUAUUAA